AUGGAGCAGGCACCUCAGAAUUCAAUUCCCGACAUACAGCAGGGUACGGUGACUCCUGGUGCUAUGCCCACGGAGUACUGGGGCAAUGUCGAUGCGCUGUACGCGGAACCUAACCACCAGCACCCCCAACCACAGUCACAGCCCCAGCACCCAGAUCAGCCACUGGGCAUUGGCUGGGACCAUCCAGUCUUUCAUCAACCACAUCAGCAGCCUAGACAUGCCCCACAGGACACAGUGGAUCAUGGCAUAUAUUCCCAGACGCCUCAGCAUUGGAACCAAAAUCCCCUACAGCAACCGUUAAUGCCUUCGGCCCAGGACUUUCCCAUGCCUUCUCAGUAUCGCCAAAUUCAUACUUAUCCUCAAGCACGCGUUUCAUAUGAAUCGCCGUAUUCAUUUCCCCAAAACUAUUACCCUUCUCAGCAGCUUCCCGUGUCGGAUACAUUCUCCCGACAACCUACCCUGCAAGAUAUUCAACCACGUUCCCAGUCCGCCUCCUACCAACCAGCUACACAUCAGACAUCUAUCACCCAGUACACUGUCCCCGCUGGCUAUUCCGAAAGUCUAACGCAUACUCCGAUUGAUUUUCGUAAUGGAUACCAUGAACCUGCUCCAAGGGUGACGGACCAACAGACCAUAAAUCCUCGAUUUCUUGAUGUUCCGCAGCAAUCCGCUUCCUCCCACCAACACCCGUCUCUACAGAAUAAUUUUCUUUAUUUGAGCCCGGCGGACUUUGAGCGGAAAAAUAAUGCAAAUGUGUUGAGCGGCUUUUACCAUGAGGGAUUGCAUACAUCAUCAGCUCCAGGUCAGAGUGCUGUCAACCAGCCUGUUAAUUUCCACGACGGCAUUGCUGUUGUCAUCGAAAACAAAGGCCUUCCGGUAACUACGAAGCCUUUGAGUGUGGCAGAGCCAAAAAAGAAGAAAUCCGCUGCAAAGAGCACGAAGAAAAUCGUUAAGAAAAUAUCUGACAAAAAGCAAGCCUCACUGAGUUCUGAAAGCGAGAGUUCUGACGAUUCCGACCUGGAGGUGCUCCCUGAAGAACCGUCUCCAAUUCCAUCCACUCGCCCCAGUGACCCUGUUGCUGCUGCACAAUAUGAUGCUCUCAAAGCAGUCUGGUUUCCACGUAACAGGCGGCCAGACGUUGAUAAGAUCAAGAGCGCGCUGGUCGCGUUUAAAGAUGUUGUCAAAGCGGUACGAGACGUGUGGAAAGAAAAGAGCCAAGCAAUGAAAGUGUCGGAAAACAAAGGCGAAAACGACAAAGCAGCUGAACUCAAGAAAGACGUGGUCCUUCAACGGCACCUCAUGGAAGUGGUGGUCAAUACCACUUUGGACAGGGGCCAUCCGAUCAUUGUUGAGAAGCUGGGUGAACAUCCCAUGGCAAUAGCAGCCAUGUACUCUUUUCUGCUGGACCGACACCAUGCGUCCGAUAUUGACGGCGCGCUCACAACAAGCAUACUAAAGUUGCUUGCCCGGUUCGUCACAGUGGAUGAGGAGACACUCAGCAAGACAAAUGUUGCAAAAUUACUGCCUAGGUUCAUGAAAAAGGGCGGGCAAACAGUCAAAGAGCUUUCUCAGAAAAUUUUAGAUAAUGCCUCUGCAUCCACUAAAAGGAAACAGGAAGUGACAAAGUCAGCCUCAAAAGAAGGAUCACCUAACAAGAACCACGCAUCCGAUGCUGCGAAUGGUGUUGGUACGGAGAUUGUUGGGACUAAACGUUUGAGGGAAGGUGAGAACAACAACUUGCCAGCUACGAAACGUGUUGUGGUUGCAUCGCACACCAAGAAUGGCAUGAAGCCUAGUGGCGCUGGCAGUGGUAUUCCCGCCAAGCGCCCGCAAGAGGAUGCGAAGGCGGGGCAUACAGGCAAUCCUCGUCCAAAGGCCAACAUCAUUGCCCCCAAGCCCACGAACCUCUUUGGCAGCUUGAGUUCAGCAUCAAAGCGGCCUGGUACUUCCAAUGCAGAAAGGGCUGCAGCUGCAGCGGCUGCGAAAGCAAAUGCAUCCGGGGAGAAGAAAGAAGCUCCAAAGCAGCCUUCCUUCUCGUUUGGCGAGCUUAUGGCAGAUCUCAACAAGCCGAAGGAAACUGUUCCCGCUAAGCCUGUCGAGGAUAGACCACCAGAGACUGAGGAAGAGCGGAAGAAGAGACUCCGUAAAGAGGAACGUCGAAAGUUGCGUGUCACCUGGAAACCCGACCACUUCUUGACGGAGGUUCGUCUGUUUACACAUGAUCCCGACGAGGAGCUUGGCCCAGGUGACGGAUCCCAUCGUGAGGCUGGUGAUGUAAAGGGAGAAGGUAGUUUCCUCAAACUUCACAGAGACUUGGAUGAGGAAGAUGAUGAGGAUGAUGGUGGUAUUGGAGAGAACGAGUUACUCCCUUACCACGAACCAUCGGAAACCGACUUUGGCGAGAUACCGGACGAUGAGCGAUCCAGGAAUUUCAUCAAAUGCGGCGGUACUCAGCUACCUGAUAGCCCGGAGAAACUUGCCCAAGAGCACCGUGAAGCCACCACACUCAUGGUGUUCCACACCUCUCCCGCCGAUAUACCACCUUCCCCCAAGGAGCCGCCUCCACCUAGCGAAGGCGAACCAGUAUCUGAGGAACUACAUUUUGGCGAGCCGCCAGAUCAUAUCAAGGCCCGGCAAGAACGUUAUUACUCAACCAUCAAGCAGAAUCCAACGGCUUCUUCGAAACCAAGUGCUUCUAACGGCCAGGAUAUUUCAAACUUGCUCAAAAUUAUUCAAAAUGUGCCUCAACAGCAACCGCCGCAGCCGCCAACCGUCUCCCCCCAGCCUGCGGCGCCCUUGUCUGGCCUUGAGCGGACGGUCAACCUGUUCCGGCAGCAACAGGUGCAGCCACAGCUACCCCAGAUACCCCAGAUUCCAGCGGCUCAGCCUUCCGCCAUGCAAGGCAUUGAUUUCCAGCAGAUCCUUGCCAUCCUAAAUACCCAAAAACAGAUGCAGCAAUUCACCCAGCCUCCGCAAUCCCAGCCAGCGGUUGCUCCAAAUCUUGCAGCUGUCAUCUCGCAGCUCGCCAAUCAGAAUCAACCAGCCGCCCAGGGUCAGUCUCAAUGGCAAGGCUCAGUUUACGAAGACCCCGAGCGCAAACGCAGGCGCGAAGCCGGUGGUGGAUACGAUGGUGCGAGCGAUGAUGCCUACUCCAAGCGGACUAAGAUGAAUGGAGAUUCAAAGGCAAAGAAGCCAAAACCGGUUGGCGUGGUUCCUUGCAGGUUUUGGGCACAGGGGAACUGCGUAAAGGGCGAUGCUUGCACAUUUCGUCAUGACCCUCUCGACUGAACGGAAGUUUCUUCUCACUAUUCUCCUUUCCUAAUACUCGGUCAUCUCGCUUUUUCCUGACGCCUUACCUUUUCUGCAUCGAGUCCGAGUCUUCCCUAUGUCGCCCGGUCGGUUAGACGGCCCAAUAAUUCUUUUUCUUUUUACACUUGGGAAAGGUUCGGUUCACCAUACGCUUUUAAUAUCGGUUUGCUUCCAUGCACGUCCCACAUAAAGCUACUAUGCUCCAACGUUUCUUCUCCCCUUUUUCCUCUCCGCCAGAAACGAAGUCGUAUGGACAGUGUACUGGAGAAUUUUCAUGGCGCUCUAGUGGACCCCUCAUUUAUACUUUCUCCGUUUUGAACGAUUCGCUUAGCAUCAGGGAUACUGCUUCUACACUGUUUCUAUUUGGCAAUGGUCGCAUUUUCCAUGGUCGUCAUAUAUCAUCAGGCUAGGCGUUGUUCUCACCCGCGGGAUUGGGAGUUUCCAUUUUACAGGUAGUAUCUAUUGCAAGAAGCAAUGGUAUUGUAUGGAAUUUACUUGCGGUUACUUCCAGUUCUUCGUACGCGUACUGUUUGCCUGUUAGUUAUCUAGUUAAAUAACGUAACUGGGAAGCGAGCCGGCCACCUCUAUAUUCCAUAUAAAAUUGCAGUUUUUGCGGCCUCAAUAUCUCAACAACGAAGCAUCUAGAGAGCAUAAAUUUCAAGAUU